AUGUCAGUUCGUACACAGCCAUUACAACCAUUAAAUAAUGGACAAAUCAAUGCCAGAUCAAAUAAUAUCACACCUAUCAAACUAAAAAAAUCUAAAGAUUUUUAUGAAGUACCAUCAAUUCAACCUCCACAAGCUGUUCAACAACAACAACAAAAUUUACAAAAAAAGAAGAAAAAGGAAAAAUUAUCAGCAUUAUGUAAAACUCCACCUUCAGUUGUUAGAACAAGAAAUGGUAGAGAUUAUAAAAGAGGAUUAUUCUUAGGAGAAGGAGGAUUUGCUCGUUGUUUCCAAAUGAAAGAUUCAAGUGGUCAAAUUUAUGCUGCUAAAACUGUUGCAAAAGCAUCAAUUAAGAAUGAAAAGACAAAAACUAAAUUAUUAUCAGAAAUAAAGAUUCAUAAAUCUUUAAAUCAUCCAAAUAUUGUUAAUUUCAUUGAUUGUUUCGAAGAUGAUAUUAAUGUUUAUAUAUUAUUAGAAAUAUGUCCAAAUCAAUCAUUAGUGGAAUUAUUAAAAACUAGAAAAAGAUUAACUGAACCAGAAGUUAGAUUUUUCAUGGUACAAAUAAUUGGUGCAGUUAAAUAUUUACAUUCCAGAAGAGUUAUUCAUAGAGAUUUAAAAUUAGGUAAUAUCUUCUUUGAUCCCCAAAUGAAUUUAAAAAUUGGUGAUUUUGGUUUAGCUUCAAUUUUACCAUCAAAUGAUUCAAGAAAAUACACUAUUUGUGGUACACCUAAUUAUAUUGCUCCUGAAGUUUUAGGAGGUAAAAAUAAUGGUGGACAUUCAUUUGAAGUUGAUAUUUGGGCUAUUGGUAUUAUGAUGUAUGCUUUAUUAGUUGGUAAACCACCAUUCCAAAGUAAAGAUGUUCAAAUUAUUUACGAAAGAAUUAAAAAAUCAGAUUAUGAUUUCCCAAUAGAUAAACCAAUAAGUGAAGAUGCUAAACAUUUAAUCAGAGAUUUAUUAGAAACUAAUCCAAUUAAAAGACCUUCCAUCAAUGAAAUUUUAAAUUACAAUUGGUUCAAAGGUACAUUCCCUGAUAAAAUCAAUGAAGUUUCAUUAACUAAACAGCCUGAAGGUUUAGAUUUACUUUCAAAAGGUCAAUCAGCUAUUAAUUUCAAUUUAAUUAAAGCUAAUAGUGGAAUUUAUACACCAAAAGCUAAAAAUCCAGUUGAAAUUUUGAAAACUGAUUUACAAAGUGAAUCAAGAACUGUCUUACCAAAAUCUUUAUCACCUAAUGAUACUAAAUUAAAAUAUAAAGAAGUUGAUGCUAAUGUUUAUUCAACCAAGAAGAAAAUCCAGUUUAAUUCAAAUUUCCAGAAUUCUAUUGUAAAUUUAAAUUCAACUACUAUGAAAACUUAUACAAAUAUCAGAAAAAUGGAAAGUAUAGUUAUGAAUGGACUUCAUGAUAAUACCAGAGAAUUUGAAAUAACAAAUUAUGAAAACCCAACUUUAAUUAGUAAAUGGGUUGAUUACAGUAAUAAAUAUGGAUUCAGUUACCAAUUAAAUAAUGAUGACAUUGGAGUUUUAUUCAAUGAUAAUAAUACAUUAUUAAAAUUAACUAAUGAUGAUCAAUUCUUAGAAUUAUUAUUAAUGGAAGAUGAAGGUUGGACAUGUAUUGAAAAUAAUAUUUCCAACUAUCCAAACAAAUAUAAAAGACAAUUAGAAAUCGUGGAUUUCUUUGCCAAAUAUAUGAAUAGUAAUUUAUCAAAAGUUAGUGAUUUACAACAAAGGAAGGAAAUAGUAUUCUUAAGACGUUAUACAAGAACUAGUGAAUUCAUAAUGUUUGAAAUGACUAAUGGUAAUUUCCAAUUUAAUUUUAAAGAUCAUCAUAAAAUCGUUAUAUCCAAUAAUGGUUUAUUAAUAACUCACAUAUCACCAAAUAGAAUCACCCAAACUCAUCCAUUAUUGCAUAUUUUAAGACACGGUGAUUUCCCUUCAGUUCAUUUACCAGAUUGUUUAGAUAAAAUCUCAAUUAUAAAAGAAGCUAUUCAAGAAAAAGCAUACAUGUAA